AUGGCCCUGGUCAGGUACCCGCUGUGGCACACCAUCUCGCAGUUCCUGGACGCUGAUGGGCUGGCCGCCAGGGAAUCACGGAGCACGACUACGCGCCUCGAGGAGGUGACGGCAGGAGAGAUGGCAGUAGCCUGUCCUUUGGAGUACGUCGUCUGGUCGUGCAGUCGUCCUCUGUGUGGUUUGUGCAAUGUGGAACUACAAGUACUGCGCUUUUCUGUUUUGGCAGUUUGUCAUUUGUCAUUUGUCAUGUUGGAGUAA